AAAGUAUCUCUACGGUAUUUGCCUCAACAUUCUUUUCUAAUCUUCCAAGACAAAAUGCCUCUCAAAAUGGUUGAUGCCACUUUAUCAACAUUCGACGCUGUAUUUGACAACUUCAAAUCCGAGGCUCCCAAAAACAAAGCCAAUUUAAUCCUUUUCUUGGCUGAUAAAGACCCUGCCACCAAUCUUAGUUGGUGCCCUGAUUGUGUGACUGCUGAACCUGUGAUAUACAAGAAACUGGAAGCAUCAUCAGAUGACAUUGCACUUCUACGUGCAUACGUCGGAGAUAGACCAACUUGGAGGAAUCCCCAGCACCCAUGGAGACUAGACUCAAAUUUCAAGCUCACCGGAGUUCCGACACUGCUCUGCUGGGAGAACAACGCUGUCAAAGGACGUCUCGAGGACUAUGAGGCGCACCUUGAGCACAAAAUCGAUGCUCUUAUUUCUGAUAAAUGAGUCCGCUUGUGCUAUUUUACAUUUGCUAAUAAUAAUUUCAAACUUUAUGUGCUGAACUCUGAAAUAUAUGAUAUGUUAUGUAUUUUUCAAGCUGUUUCUAAUAAUAUUCUAUCUUGCUGCAAUUGAAAAAGGAAACUAAGAGUUUAUUAAAUGUUAAUUUUGAUAAA